AUGACCAUGAACAUAGCUGGGCAUCAAGGUGGCGGCGGGGUCCACCUGCACCUGCACGUCGCUGCUCGGCUCAGCGCAUGGCUGUUGCUGCUGCUGCUCCUCCCCAUCGACAUUGUUGAUGUUGAGCAAGUAGUCGACGUUGGACUUGCCCAACUCGCCUCCGACCAUCCGGGGAUCAUCCAUCGUCGGGUAAGCAGUAGCACCGGUGAAGAUGGCGCCGGCGGGGUCCUGCAUCUGCUGCACCUGCACGUCGCGGAUCACCUUGGUUGGCGGCGCCUCGGGGUGAUCGCCUGUCGCCGUCCUCUUGGUAUUGCAUUUCUUCUUGGCCAGAGACGAGGACGAACGGUGCACCUUGCACAGCACGUGGUCGCCGCCGCCGCCCUGGGUGUCGUCGUACUCGGUCAUGUGCCAUCCCAUCCUGUCGAAGCGAUGGCGAUGCCGACCCGACGUCCCCUCGUCCUCCUUCUCCUUGCGGCCGUAGGAUAA